GAUUUGUUAUUAACCAUUCUUUACGUUCCAUCACCUCGCUCGUUGUUGUCGCAGCGUCGUUCCCGAUCUUUCUGUCGCGCCCUUUGCUAGGGCGCCGCCGCCAUCAGGGAAGCAGAAGAAAGGCGAAAGGUCGAAGCUUCGCCGCUCUUCGUCAACAUCCCUACUCGCCUGAUCUGAUCCCGGUAUGGGGUACAUCGGGCAACAUGGAGUGGCGACGCUUCACAAGUACAAGUACAGCGGCGUGGACCACUCCCUGGUAGCGAAGUACAUCUUGCAGCCCUUUUGGACCCGCUGCGUGACGUUUUUCCCUCUUUGGAUGCCACCAAACAUGAUAACUCUUACAGGAUUUUUGUUUCUAAUGUUAUCUGCACUUCUUGGUUAUAUAUAUUCACCUCGUCUUGAUACUGCUCCACCAAGAUGGGUGCAUCUUGCCCAUGGUUUACUUCUGUUUCUAUAUCAGACUUUUGAUGCUGUUGAUGGUAAACAAGCUAGGCGUACCAAUUCAUCUAGUCCUCUGGGUGAACUUUUUGAUCAUGGAUGUGAUGCACUUGCAUGUGCUUUUGAAGCCUUGGCAUUUGGGAGCACUAUUAUGUGUGGCAGGUCAACUUUCUGGUUUUGGGUGAUUGCAGCUAUUCCAUUUUACUUUGCAACAUGGGAACACUUCUUUACAAAUACACUCAUCCUUCCUAUACUUAAUGGGCCUACCGAAGGCCUCAUGCUUAUCUAUGUUUGCCACUGGCUGACAUUCUUUUUGGGAGCUGAGUGGUGGGCACAGGAUUUCCGAAAGUCAAUUCCUCUUUUUGGUUGGGUGCCAUUUCUUCCUGAGAUCCCAGUGUAUGUCAUUGUGCUAGUUCUGAUGAUUGCUUUUGCUGUGGUUCCUACUCUCAGUUCCAACAUUAGCAAUGUCCAGAAGGUUGUCCAAGCAAAAAAAGGAAGCAUGAUUUUGGCCUUAGCUAUGCUAUUUCCUUUUGGUGUACUCAUGGCUGGAGUUCUUAUCUGGUCAUAUUUGUCGCCUUCCGACAUUAUGCGUAAUUAUCCUCAUUUACUUGUAACUGGAACUGGAUUUGCAUUCGGAUUUCUAGUGGGAAGAAUGAUCCUUGCUCACCUCUGUGAUGAACCCAAAGGUUUAAAAACUGGAAUGUGCAUGUCCCUGCUGUUUCUUCCACUUGCCAUAGCGAAUGCUCUCACUGCCAAACUCAACGAUGGAGCUCCUCUGGUCGAUGAACAAGUGGUUCUUGUUUUCUACUGUCUAUUCACAGUGUCGCUUUAUCUGCACUUUGCAACCUCUGUCAUUCAUGAGAUCACAAGCGCGCUUGGCAUUUACUGCUUCAGGAUAACCAGGAAAGAAGCUUAAGCAAUUCAACACGCAGUUUGAGUUUCCAUCAUGACACAACCUGAUAUUUUGUCAACUUGUUUCGUUUACUUCGUGGAGAUUUGGAGCAACUGAAGCAAGAUUUGAGUUGAACUAGGGAAUAUUACCACUGUUUUUGUAUGUUUCCGACUGCAAAGUCUCAGAAGCUAAUAUUACGAUUGAUUGUCCACACCUUUGAUUGAGGGGUCAAAUAAACUCUUUAAUUUAGAAGUAUUUGAAGAACAGAUAGAUGCUGAUGCAGAUUGGAUGUCGUGCAAGUAAAUUAUUUGGUGUAGGAUUUGAUGAUGAUUCAAUAUCAUAGAUUUUGUCCAGUUUAGUGUUCAGAUUUCGUUAUUUUUGUCAACCGGGCUUCCAAGUAUAAGUCUGUAUCAGAUGAACCUUUUUAUAUUAUUUGGUAUUGAAGAGUAAUUUGAGAUUUGUUA